AUGAAGUCUAAUGCCUGUGGCUUAUGCCCACAGUGUGACUUGACGCUGCAGUCCAGGCUUAUCCAUUCCCCUCUUCAACAACAACAACAACAACAACAACAACAACAACAACAACAACAACAACAACAACAACAACAACAACAACCUCUGAAACUCCAACCAGACAAUAUGAUCACCCACAUCGUGCAACUGCAAUUCAAGUCUUCAACCAACCCCGGCCGGGUCGAAGAAGUAUGCAGCAAUCUGGUCGCGCUGAAGGACAAGUGUCUUCAUCCGACCAGCCAGACGACAUACAUCAAGUCCUUCCGAGCCGGGAAACAGAACUCGCCCGAGGGUUUGCACAACGGCAUCACUCAUGUGUUCGUCAUGGAGUUCGAGUCCGAGGAAGACCGCGAGUACUACCUGAACAAGGAUCCCGACCAUCUGGCCUUCGUCAAGGGUCUGGGCGGGGAUAUUGAGAAGGUGCAGGUGGUCGACUUUACAAACGGCGUCUUUUAGAUUCAGUUGCCCCGCCCGCCGCGCGCGCGGGCCGCGCGGGCCAUCUCCCGGCUUACUACUGUGCCAUUUGAGGUGGGACAAGGUAACUUAGAGGUGUUGACUGCACGGACUGCAGUCACCCGACCUGGGCUUGUAAAUAGGUGAUUCUCGGGCAAGGGUUGAUAAGCAAAUUUAUGUUUCGCUGACAUCUCAGUCUUCGAGUGGGUUGAAU